GAUCAUUUCUCAAAAAAGCGUCUGUUUUCGCCUGACGUAUUCUCAUUGAAACAUCAAGAAUGGCUCUUUCACAGGCUGCUAUUAUGAGUACAAGCCUGUUUUUUGUGCUUUGGCCACAACUGAGCGGUGGAUUACUGUCUGACUUCAAGAUCUGCGGAGAUUCACAGUGCGAAAGUCAAAUGAGCAGGGUACAGGCAGUCAGGGACCACCAUGGAAAGGAUUGUCGUUUCUUGAGCUUCCGGAAAGGAGAAACCAUCUUUGUGUACCACAAACUGACUGGAAAGAGGAGCCAUCUUUGGGCAGGCAGUAUGAACAAACAGUUUGGAUAUUUUCCAAAAGAAGCUGUAAAAGAGAAACAGACAUAUGCAACCAAGGAGGUAGUAGUCGUAACACAGGAAUCCGAUUUUCUGUGUAUCAAUGAAUUUGGCUAUCUCAUUGACUCCAGUCAUUUGAACACUAAUGAUGAUGAUGAUGAUGACCAUAAUGAUGAUGAUGAUGACGACGACUCUGGUCUGAAGAACCCUGAGGAGCUUGAAACAAGAAAUCACCCUGACGAUACAAAUGCUGGAAUGUCAAAAGAUUCCACUCCAGAAUCUUUUAGCACAUCAAGAGAAGAGAUUGAAAAUCGGGACAAUGGUGCAGCUAAGACUAAACAGGAAUCCCCUGAAACCGCUGUGGAACUGAAGGAAAAAGGUGGGUCCCCCACCUCUUCCUGGCUCAGUUCGUCAGUGACAGGAUGGUUCGGUGUAGGAAAAAAGGAGGAACCUGAAAAUUCAGCUGAAGUACACGAGAAACGUUUGAUGCCAGGAGAAGAUUUGCUCCCAUCUUCAGUGGCUGGGUGGCUGGGGUUAAGAAGUGAAGGAAAAUCAGAUUCCGCCAAAAACGAUGAAAACCGAGGAAAGCAGGACAGAAAGACUGUUGAGUCUUCGACCAUGACUGGAUGGCUUGGCUUUGGAGGCGAUGAAAAACCAGACUCUUCUGCAGACAAAGAGAAUGAUGAUGAAAGUGAACCAGAUGUGACAACAGCAGCGGGAGAAAAUUUCAGGAGCAGAAAGCUGCAUCUUGAAAUAGAAACACUAGCAGAACAAGAGAAGAAAAUCAACGACAUGGGGACAUUGGGUUGGCUUGCAAAUGGUCUGUCAACAACACUGGGGUUUGGCCUGGAUGACCAGGACACCAAAGAGACAAUACAAGUUAGUACAGAAGAAGUGGAUGUGAAAGAGACGGCAUCUUCUUGGUUUGAUUUGGGGAUCAGCAACAUUUUAGCCUUCAGAAAAAACUACAAUGAAGGUGACAGAACUGAAUCCCACACGCAGUCUGACAACAUUCUGCAAGGACAUGUUGAUUCUAAUAUUCAAGAUACACCUGCUAACAACAAGGAUAGUGAGGCAGACGACACAUCUCAGGUUGAUCAAAACGCCAACCCUCCUCAAAACCAGAGAACGGACAUCAAUCUUGUUCCAAAUGGUAAGGAAGGAAAAAACACAUUUGACAUUUUGGUACGUAAGAAUGAUGUCACCUCAUUGCCUGUGCUCACUUACACGGAGUCGAGGUCAGUGGAUCAGUCGGUGAGUGAGAUUGAUUCCACAAAAGAUAGCGAUGAGGAGGCGAAUAUCCGUGAGUUGAGAAAUCAGGUUGGACAAGUGGUGGACAAAUUUAACAUAUCAUGUAUAGAUGAUGUCAGCGAUGAGGAAAGUAAACGUGAAAGGAGAGAUAAAGACAUUAUUAUGCCGGAUGAGUAUGCAGAGCAAAGUCAAGGGCAAGAAAGUGGGUCUUCUCCAGCAUCUGAAACUGAAGUAAAAGAAUCGGAGGAAGAUGACAAAAAGGAGGAAGUUCACAACAAAGAGAAAAGUGAAGAUACAGAUGAGCAGAAGAAUGUAGAAGAUAAUCAGGAGGAUAUGGAGGAGGUCAUAGAAAAGGAGGAAUUUGAAGAGGAGAGUCAGGAAGAGUUUAAAGACAUAGCGACACAAGAGCACUGGAAUGCUACUGACAAUAACACACAAGAAGAAAAACCUCUUGAAUUUGGUUCAGAUCACUUGAAAAAAAGAGAUGCUAAAACAAUACUUGAAAAUCGGUCUCAAGAGGAUAAACAAAAACGCUCCGUUGACGGGAGCACACCCAGUCAAGAUGCCAAGGAUAUGGACCACCCUUACCUCCAAGGGAGAUUCGUAUCUGUGAUCAACUUUUUAAAAGAAAGUAGUUUGGUAUCUUCUCUUACACCCCAAAAAGAAGAGAAAGAAUCGAAAGAAGAUGAGGAAUUGGACGAGGAAGAGAAAAAGGACGAUAUUAAGACAGAACAGGAAGACUCUCCGCUGAUAGCGAAGCAGAAAGAGACUGUGGAGAGACAGGAGAAACACCCAGAGGAAUUUCCAUCCAGGGAGAAGCCUGCAACCUCGGAAAGGUUCCAAGUUAAGGCGCCCGAAGAGUUAACAGAGAUGGAGCAGUUACAUCAUAAGAAGCCAGGACACUUGAUAAAGAAAGAUAAGCAGCAUAAUGCGGAGGAGUUAAAAGACACGAGGAAGGAAGAAGUUCAUGAGUUAAUGCAGAAGGAGAAAGUAGAGGACUUUGAAGAUGAGAAGCAAGAGGAGAUGAAAAUGUUGGUGGAGAAGAACCAUGAAGUGGGUGAUGAGUCAGUAGACAAAAUAGAAGAGAAGAAGCAGAAACAGUUAUUUGAGAAGAAGUUAGACGAUCUGAAGUGGGGCAUGUUCAGAGAGCAGGACAAUCUGACGACAAUGGAGGAGCCUGAUGACAAUAAGGACGGAAAACUGAAGAAUUUUAUGCGGAAGAGAGAGGUAGAGGACUUUGAAGAUGAGAAGCAGGAAGGGUUGGAAAGGGGGGACAAAGGGGAGAUGGUGGAGGCAUUAGAGGAGAAGAUGCCAGAAGAAGCGGAGUUAAAGGCAGAGAAAGGAGAAGAGUUUACAGACGGACAAAAGCAGCACGAGGUGGAAAGGUUAGAGAAGACAAAGUAUGACGUGAGUGGGGAGUCAGGAGAAGAGUUUGAAGGUGAUAAGCAAGAAGACUUUGAAGACAGGGAGCAGGAGGGGGUGGAAAAGUUCGAAGAAGAGAAACAUAAAGUGGAUGGUGAGUCAGUAGAAGGGUUAGAAGACAAGAUACAAGAAGAUUUAGAACAUGAGGAGGAGGAGGGGAUAGCGUCUGAUGACGAGCUGGAAGAGGUGGGAAAGUUGGAGAAGUAUGAAGAAGAUGGCGAGUCAGUCGAAGAGUUAGAAGAGGAGGAGAAUAUGGAGACGGAAAAAAUGAAGGAGCAGGAAGAGGCAGGUCAGUUAGAGGAGUCGAAUAAGUCGCGCCAGGACGAUUUAAAUGUAAUACUUAAGAAAGAAGUUGAAGAGAACAGAAAAGAAGGAGGAAGCAAGUGGAACUUUGUGGAGGACUCAGGAGAGGGAACCCAAGAGGAGUUAGCGCAGGCCGAAGAAGACGAAAAGCAAGAGUUUAAUUGGGAGCAUAAGGUAAGUGAAGACAUGCAGAAUGCUGGUGACUUUGUGGAUAGCAAGAAUGUUAAGGAGGAAACGGAGAGUCUCGAAUGUAUGGAUGAGCUGUGUACUCAAUUUGAACAAGAUGAAAUCAUAAGAGAGAGAGAAAAACGCGUUUUUGACCAUGGAUCAAAUCUUCUGUAUCAUGCAUCAACACUAACAGAUGUUCUCUUAGCAGAUAAAACACAAGAGGACCCCGAGGUCACUCUAGAGGACAUUGAGCAUGAUCUAAUUGGUUUGUCCUCCCAUCAGACAGAUCAGUUUGAUGAAAAAAGUGACAUUGCAAUAGAAAGUGGAGGAGAAUUUGACCAUCUCAAAAAAGCCAUUAUUCCAUCAAGCCAAAAGCCGAUCAUGAAAACCAAAGAGUUGACAGAAUCUCCCUCAGGGUUUGAUGGAAAAACAAAUGAGAUGUCGAACCCACAAACCCUUCCAAGUCCUAAACAUGUGCUGGACUCCACAACAAAUAGUGAUAAAGACUUGCAAACAAACUUCCAGCCGCCAUCUCCAUCCCCGACACAGACUUCUCCUUCCACUUAUCUGCCUCCAAACACAGCAAAGCCCCAACAACCGAACCCCUUGUCCAAAACCUACAAGACUCUCCAAGACCACAUGAGCACACAAGAGACAAGUAUUUUGACUGAUCUGUUUGGGAAGAAGAACUUGAAAAAAUUGGAUGACAUUCUUGGCCAUGCGGACGUUUUCACGGAAGACGUUGAUCGUGAUGAAUCAGUAUUGAUGGAUAUCGAAGCAAUUCUGCACGACCACAGGGAAAUACUGUUCCCUCCAAGCAUGAGACUCUCGGACGCACCAGAAGAGGACAAAGAAAAGACCGGAGCCAGAAUUGCAAUUCAGAAACUAGAAAUACUGCUGAAAAGAGCGAGAGACAUUUUCGACACCAGAAAAUCAGACAUCACUCGAGCAAACGCUCAAGCUCAGCCGAGUUGCAUUGGUGCAUCAUGCUCUACAAGUAGCAAAGAUAAAGAGACUACGGAGACAGUUGGGGUGAUGGUGCACGAACAGAAUGAUGGAGGCCCGGAGAAAAAUCAGGAAGAUGAUAAUGAAAGAGGAAGUGAAGAAAUGUCCCUGGAGGAGAAUGUUAAGAAGAUGUCUCACAGUCAGACCACACCGCCACAGUUACUGGAAGGGGUAACCGUGAAGAAUCAGGAUAGUAUUCAUCGAAUUCAGAAACAGUCAUCCUCUCAGACUCAUGGAAUGGACUUCGUCAAAUGGCUUAAAAUGAAGGUUGUGUCAUCACUGCCUUAUGACAUAAGGCCUGGGCCUGACCUCUAUGGAAUCCCAUGGGAACUAAUUAUCAUCUCCAGUCUGGUGGGGCUGGUGACGUUAUUGUUCAGUUGCAGAUGUUACAGCUCUGUCAAAAGCAGAUUGUAUCGACGUAAAGAGUGGCGGAUGGCUGAGCAGGUUGCACAACUGCUUGAAGCAAAGUGUGAAGUCCUAGAAACUCUCAGUAAAUGUCAACAAGAGUACGAUGAGCUGGAGAACUCGCUCAGUGAAAGUGGCACCUCAGCUCAAAACCAAGAAAUAGAUCUGGAGGUCAGAGCCCAACAGUUAGACCUCGCUAAUACUCAACUAGAAGAAAAUCUACAAGAACUGAAGGAUCAGUUGGAUCAGCAGAGAUUACACCGAGAAGAACAGGAACAAAAGGUCACACUCCUAGAGCAGAGCAUGGAAACAAUACAGGAAGAAACCAAGGAGCUCCAGUCACAAGAACAACAGGCUCAAACAACCAUUAAGGUGUACGAUAUGAACAGUGAGAGACUACAGCGGAAUCAAGAAACAGCUGGAGAAGAAAACAGUCUGCUCAAGGAGAGCAACACACAGUUAAGCCAACAGGUGGAGGGAUGGGCAGAGCGAGUGAGUGAGCUGGAGGAGGAGAUGAGAAGGUAUGAAUUGGCCCACAGCGGAAUGGUGCAGGAUGUCGCCAACAAGGAUGAACGCAUAAUGUCCCUCACCGAUCGGCUGCUGGGGAUGAAAGCUUGGGAUGCCGAUCUCGAGGAAGAUGGAGGUGACGCAUCUAAGGGGGCCACAGGAAGAGCAGAGAGGAAUGGAAAAGUAGACGGAACCAAUUCUGAAAUCCAUCUCCAGAAAGUCCAAAAGCUUAUUUAUGCUGCUAAGCUCAAUGCAGACCUCAAAUCAGUUGAUGAAGACAAGGACAGAGUGUUUGCCAAACUUAAUGACGAAGUCAAAGCUAAGGAGGACCUAGAAGUGAGCAUUAAGGAGUUGGAGAAUGAGCGAUUGUCUAUGCAAGCCGACACUGAGCACUACAACGAACAGGUUCAGCGACUGCAACAGAAACUCCAGAUUAUGACUGAAAUGUACCAAGAAAAUGAGCUCAAACUACACAGGUUGCUGACAGUGGAGGAAAAGGAGCGUCUGCAGAAAGAAGACAAAUUGAAUAAAGCUGAUAAAAACAUUGCUUUGGCAAUGGAAGAACUCAACAACUACAAGCUUCGGGCCGGGGAGAUGGAGGAGGAGCUGGAGAAAACCAAGCAGUCGUAUCAGACCCAGAUAUCAGCCCAUGAGAAGAAGGCUCACAACAAUUGGCUUGCAGCACGGGCAGCAGACAGAGAACUAUCAGACAUCAAGAGAGAAAACGCCCUCCUCAGGCAGAAGCUUACAGACACACAGUUUAAGUUGGAUGCCCUCGAUAGAGAGCCAUUCACCUUGGACAGCGUGGCCAGGCCUUUACCUUUCCGAGCUGAAAGAUUGCCUUUUGGUCCUUCUCCUCUGGGUCGACCUGCGUCUGAAAACCGAGCUUUACUCUCGCCUCCCACACUUCUUGAAGGACCUUUAAACAGACUGUCACCUAGAGGAACUCGUGGUCCAGUCGAGCCGCCUGGUGCCCACGGGGAGCUCGAGCAGAGUGGAGGCGCGCACUCGGACAGCGGCUCCAUCUCUCCUUCGUGGGAAAGAGAUCGCAGGGGACCCCCACUGGGAGCCCCCGGGCCAUUUCCCCUUCAAGGCUAUAUGUUCCCUGAACCCGGAGGUCCAAUUUACAGGAGGCCUGGUCCUCCCCCAGGAGUGAUGGCUCCUCUGCCGCCUCCAGGUCCACCUUUUCCCCAUCCGAGAGCUCUUCCUAAUUCUGGGCCCCUGGGACCCAUCCACUCUGCAGACACAACAGAUGGCACAAACAGAGAAAACAGCCUCGGACCCGAGCAUGAUCAUCAAGAGCCUACUCCCAGUGAUCGAAGGACUCCUCCUCUAAGAAGGGGGACGGCACCACCUUCCGGACCGCCAAUGGGCCCCAUAGAUGGCCCAUUUCCUCGAAGAGCACCCUUCGGACCGCCUGAUUUCUUCCCUCCCAGAGGGCCCGGAGGACCUCCCAUGAUGCCAAUGUGGGCUCCUCGGCCAGGGAUGAUGUUCCCUCCUCGGUUCGCUCGCGGCGGACCUCCGCCUCCUCCUCACCCGCUUUCAUAUGGGCCCCCGAUGCGGCCUCCACCACCUGAUGGCCUUCCGCCUCCCUCCAUGGGUCCUCCCAUGACCCAGCAGAACCUCCCCCCUUUGCCCCGCAGCCAAUCACAAGAUGAGCAAACAUCCGCUCCUUAAGGUGCCAUUUGAACCACAUCCGAUUUUCACUCGGUCCUUCUUCAGACAGCCGCUGCUGAUGGGGAAGCGUCGUUCCUGGAAGAAUGCCCAAUCAUUCAAUCAUGAAUUUCAUUUGGGUGGACGAAAUGAUUAGGUACUUGAGAUUUAGGCUAGUUCUGACAACGCUAGCUAUCUUUCGGCAUGUGUUUUUGUCACGUACUUCGACAUUUGGAACAUUACUGAAUGAUAGCCAAUCCAGGAUGCUUGUGGUAAUUCAUCUUGUGAUAUGUGUUGCUCACAUAUGCUCAAUGCUGCAUUUCAUCCAUCCAUUUUUUUUUCCGUUUAUCCUGGUCAGGGUGUUGGGUGAGCUGCUGCCUCACCCAGCUGACUUUGGGCAAGAGGUUGGGAACACCCGAAACUGAUUCCCAGCCAAUCACGGGGCAUAGAGACAAAAAAACUCCCCCCAAAAAACAAAAAAACAAGCGUCAGUCACAUUCACAUUGAUUGAGUCAAUCAUGAACCUAAUGUAGUUGAAAACCCAGGCAUACACAGCUAGAAUAUGUAAACGCCACAUCGAAAAGUUGGAGGUGAAAUUCAAGCCCAGAACUUUGAUUGUGAGAAAGACAUGACCCACAAAUGCUCCCCCAUGCUGCUCUCUUCCACAAUCAUUGGCAGAAAAUGAGCCAUGGCUUGUUUUGCUUUUUUUAACCAAGUGCAAAAUGUAGUAAAUGGAUGUGUACCCGAGUAUUUCUUCCAGUGCCAGCCUAUGAAAUUCAUUCUCCAGGCCAAAAGGAAUCUAUUAAUAUCAAUAUUGACUCAGCCUGUGUUUGUUUCAGAGUGAUGUGAUGUAGACUGUCAUGACUUCAGUUGUUUAAAAUUCCAGUAAACAAAAAAAUCCAGCCUUGUCAUUUUUCAGUUUGUAUCUAUACUGGAUUAUUUUGUGAAUAUUUAUUAAAUCCAAAUUUAUGUGAGCAGGCGGCUAAAGAAACAAACGUUUGUUGUGAAGUUUGUUGAAAAAGAAAAAAAGAAAAAGGGGGAAAACAAUUAAUUGAAUAAAUAAAUACUGUAAUGUUA